CUCCUCGGUAGCGACUGGUAAAAGAACUGCGCUGCCUAAUCGUUAACAAAGAAAGGGAACAAUAGCCCGGUUAAGCUGUUCUUGGUCUUUUUAUGGGUCAUCGUCAAAGCACGUAUAUUUUUUAUAUUUAUGCAUUUUUGUACUUUACUUCGUGCCGCUCUUUUUUAUCCUUCUUAAACAUACAUCUUUCAUCCUCAGCAUAACCCACAUCCAUCCAUCCAUCCAAUGUUCCCCACUGAGACCCAGUCAUCCUUGCAAAUGUCGUAGCAUGCUCUGUAUAUUUAACAAUGCUAUCUGCUAUCUUUUAUGUUUGUCGAUGUCCGGCAUCUACCGGACCGGGGGAAGACACGGGCAAACAAAAUAUUUUCACGCUGACCGCGUCUUGGUGCACUCUCGAUCUCCUUCACGCUAAUGCCACCACCAGUCUGCAGCCCAUAUAGCCGGCUGGUGAUGGCGCCUAUUAACCCGCACCAAAAACAAUUCGAGCAGGAUCUAGAAGCAGGUGUCGCCCAGUACAUGCGCGAAAACCCUGGGAUGACACCAAAAGAUGCCGUGGAACGAGUAACCUCUUCGAUGCUUGCCAACAACCCCUUCGUUCCACCCCAAGGGUGCCCUAUCAACGAUCUACCCAAUGAGCUGUUAGCCCACAUCUUUUACCUGGGCAUGAAGAUGCAGGAAGAGUACGAGCAGGACGGAGACCUUGAUGAAGAUGACGGGUUCCAGGAUGGGAUUGACUUGACGGAGGGAUGGAGUAGCGAGUCGGACGAUGAAGACUUGAAGAUGGGGUCGCCACAGAAGGGUAAAGGCAAACGCAAACAGUCCGAGGAACCGACUGAGACAGACGAGGAAGACAAGGAGGAUGAGGAGGAUAGGCCGGAGCUACCUUUCCAGGUGCUCGUGUCGCACGUGUGCCGGUGGUGGCGAGAGGCAGCCAUCGAGGAGCCAUCCCUUUGGACAACACUCGGGUUCUCGUAUGGUACCCCCAUUGAAAAAUCUAAGGCUUGGAUAGAACGUUCCAAGGGUCUUCCUCUGGAUAUCGUUAUCGAUUGCACGACACCAGAUGACUGGGAGGGGACGGAAGGGGACCAGGACGAGGACGAGGACGAUGUCAUGUAUGAUGUCCAGGAUAGCGGUUCAGCACAGGUUGUUGCAUUCGACGCGCCAGACUUUGUACACGCCCCUCCUUGUCUGUCUACAGAUGACUUGGGGCCUAUUUUCGACCUCUUGCUUCCCCAUGUCGGGCGGUGGCGGCUAUUAGAAGUCUCUGUCAGCGAGUACGAGUCCAUUUAUACCGUCAUGAAGCGGCUGGCGGUCUGUGCUGGUGCACCUAUCCUAGAAGCCCUACAGCUCUACCAUUACGAGGACUGUGAAGACUACGACGUCUUCAGACCCACAGAAUUCAGAGAGCCCCUGCUUCUGUUCCAGGGAAAUAUUCCGAAACUCAAAGAUCUGGCUUUGUGGGGUGUUCAUAUCGAUUGGGUCGCGUCGCUUUCAUUUCUGAAGGAUCUACGUGACGUUGAGCUGGCGUACCAUGCUAAUGAUGUGCGACCGUCGAUGGAAACUUUUGCCUGUUUCGUGCACGCCAGCCCGGAGCUCCAUACGCUUUCUCUUUGUCUUUCGGGUCCUGCCGGGCCAUCAGAACAGCGGGGAACAGAUCUCAUAUCAAUACCGUCACUACAUGACCUGGUACUCGCGCACCAUGAGCCCGAAUACAUCCAAAGCCUUCUUCCUAUAUUAUUCGUUCCCAAUGUUCAGCACCUGGCGUUGGACUUUGAUUCGGCGGAUUAUACCGAAUUCGUAAAAGUCCUUCUCCGGCCUCAGGCAGGGCAGAAGAAAUCAUUAUUGGAGGGUCUGGAGCACCUGAAAAUAGGAGGACUGCCAUGCGAUCGCCAGUGUCAGGCAGCAUUGCUAUUGCAGUUGGGAAACUUGCGGUCCAUUAAUCUCAACGCUUUUGGUGAAGAGGAGGAACAGUUUUUCGACGCGCUGUUGGAUUCUGCUUAUGGGACCAAGGAAUCGGGACAGAAAGUCCUGUGUCCAAAUCUGCACACUGUCACGACCACGGGGAUCAGUGGGAAGAAGAUGAGAUCAUUUGUCGAGGCACGGAAACGGGCUGAUGCACCAAUCUCCAAAGUUCUGAUGAGUGAGAGAGAUGAUGUCGAGGAGAAAGAUAAAAAAUGGCUGUCUAGCCACCUCGAGGAGUUUGAAUUCUUUGAGCCGUCGGAUUCAGAGGAGGAGUUGGAUCCACUGCUCGAAAUAGGCGAUGACGAGAUAGAUAUUGACGACUAGAGAUGGUGAGACUGACAUGGGUGCAUAUGGUUCGUUCCCGGACCAAGAUGAUAAAUAUAGAGGCAG